AUGCUGUCGCUCAGUCCAGCUCUUCCACUCGCCGGGCGGCGCGCCCUCAGGUCGAGGGCCGCGGCCGCCCCGCUGCUGCCUUCUGUAGCCUUCCGAAGUCGACUUGUGGCGUCCUCGUCUGCGGUGUCCUCCAUUCUUGAACGCUCAGUCCCUGCUCCCCCCUCGUCUUCAUCUUCUGCGCCUUCUGUUUCGAAAGACUGUGUGCCUGCGGCCGAGCGCGAGGGCACUCUAGACCUGCGCGCGACUCCCGCCGAAGCCCGUGAGAGUCCAGUCAGUUCACGGCUUCCGUGCCCUUCGCUGCGGCGGCCCUAUCGGGACUUCUUGAGGGCCUGCGCAAAGACCUUCGGCGAGGACUUCGAGGCCAGGUUCUACGUGACACGGCAAAUGACUCAGCUGCUCAGAGAGAAUCCGUUCAACCUGCCAACAGAUCGGCUGAUUCGCGAACUCAAAGACGCGUCCGACUUCGUGAGAUUUCACAUUAUUCAGGCCCAGCUGAAUCCGCAGACGGGAGCGUACCGCGCGACGCCGACAGACGACCACAUUCGCAAGGGCGACGUCAUCGAGUUGAAUGGCUACGACGCAGAGCGCAUGCAACGCCUGCCGUGGCUCUCGAAGAAGCCGGGAGACGCGCUCCCUUCUGAGGCUCCGCGACCUUCGCCGACGUCGAAACAGCAGACAACCGAAGCAAAAUUUUGA